UACUGAAGUGAACACUCACCGAUGGCAUCGGAAUGUGCCACUUGGACCUGUCGGCAGCAGCCACGGGUGCCGGUCCUGCACCGAAAAGCGAUAAUGGGGAUGGAUGAGACCCUAGAAGCAGAAGAAUGGCAGGCAACACCUGAAGCCACGCAGCCGCCGCCAUCUUCACAGCCAUGGAGUGCCUACCCAAAGCAUUUCACCUUCUUCCGAGUUCAUUGACUACACGCCCUCACUUCUGCAAAGACAGUUUUGUUUCUAAUAAAAGCACGUUCCUCAUCAGCCACCUAUGAUCAAGAAAAAUUUGCCAAAUAAACCAUCGUAGAAACGCUAGUUUGGGUCUGAAAAAUUCCAGGAGCAACAAAAUUUGUCACUCCAUAAGGAUCUAGAGGGAACUCCUCUUCCCAGAAACCUGACGGUGGUGAAGUGCUGGUGGUAAUACAGAAAGACGGCCAAUCGGCUUUUUAAAAAGAUCGUCCAGGUGCUUUGGCCUGAGAGCUGAGAGCUGGGAGCCGGUCGGAGUGACAGGGAAGUCAUGGAAGCAGCUGAGAAAAAGGAAAUCAGUGUUGAAGAUGAAGCUGUAGAUAAAAAUGUUUUCAAAGACUGCAGCAAGAUCGCUUUCUACAGGCGUCAGAAACAGCAGCUCUUCAAGAAGUCCACUUAUCGGGCACUACUAGACACAGUCACAACAGGUGAAAAGAGCACCAACUUCCAAAUCAUCAAUGAAGCAACUAAGAUUUCUCUUCUCGCUGAAGUUUAUGGUAUAGAGGGAAACAUUUUCAGGCUUAAAAUUAAUGAAGAGACUCCCUUAAAACCCAGGUAUGAAGUUCCUGAUGUCCUCACAAGCAAGCCAAGCACUGUAAGACUGAUUGCAUGUUCAGGCGAUACAGGCAGUCUGGUAUUGGCAGAUGGGAAAGGCGACCUGAAGUGUCAUAUCACAGCAAACCCAUUCAAGGUAGACUUAGUGUCUAAAGAAGAGGUUGUGAUGAGCAUAAAUUCCCUGGGCCAGUUAUACUUUGAGCACCUACAGAUUCCUCUCAAACAAAGAGCUGCCAAAGAAAAUGAGGAGGAUGCAUCAAUUGACACCUCUCAGAAAAAUCAAGAGGAUCUGUGCCUGUGGGAGGAGAAAUUUGGAAAAUUUGUGGAUGUCAAAGCUAAUGGUCCUGCUUCAGUUGGUUUGGAUUUUUCCUUGCAUGGAUUUGAGCAUCUCUACGGGAUCCCACAACAUGCAGAAUCACACCUACUUAAAACUACUGGUGAUGGAGAUGCUUACCGUCUUUAUAACCUGGAUGUCUAUGGAUAUAAAAUACAUGACAAAAUGGGCAUUUAUGGGUCAGUGCCUUAUCUUCUGGCGCACAAACAAGGCAGGACCAUAGGCAUUUUCUGGCUGAAUGCCUCAGAAACACUAGUGGAGAUCAAUACAGAGCCUGCAGUAGAGUAUAUGUUGACCCAGAAGGGCCCAGUUGCUGCUAAACAAAAGAUCAGAUCUCGAACUCAUGUACACUGGAUGUCAGAGAGUGGAAUCAUUGAUGUUUUUCUGCUGACAGGACCCACACCUUCAGACAUCUUCACACAGUACUCACGCCUUACAGGCACGCAAGCCAUGCCCCCUCUGUUCUCCUUGGGGUACCACCAGUGCCGCUGGAACUAUGAAGAUGAGCAGGAUGUCAUUGCAGUAGAUGCAGGUUGUGAUGAACAUGACAUUCCUUAUGAUGUCAUAUGGCUGGACAUAGAGCACACUGAGGGCAAGAGGUACUUCACCUGGGACAAAAAAAGAUUCCCAAACCCCAAAAGGAUGCAAGAGCUGCUCAGAAGCAAAAAACGUAAGCUUGUGGUCAUCAGUGACCCCCACAUCAAGAUUGAUCCUGACUACUCAGUGUACACUAAGGCCAAAGAACAGGGCUUCUUUGUGAGGAGUCAUGAAGGAGGAGACUUUGAAGGGGUAUGCUGGCCUGGUCUCUCCUCUUACCUGGAUUUCACCAAUCCCAAGGUCAGAGAGUGGUAUGCAAGUCUUUUUGCUUUCCCCGUUUAUCAGGGAUCUACGGACAUCCUCUUCCUGUGGAAUGACAUGAAUGAGCCCUCUGUCUUUAGAGGGCCAGAGCAAACCAUGCAGAAGAAUGCCAUUCAUCAUGGCAAUUGGGAACACAGAGAACUUCACAACAUCUAUGGUUUUUAUCAGCAAAUGGCAACUGCAGAAGGACUGAUACAACGAUCCAAAGGGAAGGAGAGACCCUUUGUUCUUACACGUUCUUUCUUUGCUGGAUCACAAAAAUAUGGUGCUGUGUGGACAGGCGACAACACAGCAGAUUGGAGUUACCUGAAAAUUUCUAUCCCAAUGUUACUCACUCUCAACAUUACUGGGAUCUCUUUUUGUGGAGCUGACGUAGGCGGGUUCAUUGGGAAUCCAGAGACAGAACUGCUAGUGCGUUGGUACCAGGCUGGAGCCUACCAGCCCUUCUUCCGUAGCCAUGCCACCAUGAACACCAAGCGGAGAGAACCCUGGCUAUUCGGGGAGGGACACACCCGGCUCAUCCGAGCAGCCAUCAGAGAGCGCUACACCCUCCUGCCCUACUGGUACUCUCUGUUCUACCAUGCACAUGUGGCUUCCCAACCUGUUAUGAGGCCCCUGUGGGUGGAGUUCCCUGAUGAAUUAGAGACCUUUGGUAUAGAAGAUGAAUACAUGCUGGGAAGUGCUUUAUUGGUUCAUCCAGUCACAGAACCAAAAGCCACCGUGGUUGAUGUGUUUCUGCCAGGAUCAAAUGAGGUCUGGUAUGACUCUAAGACAUUUGCUCAUUGGGAAGGAGGAUGUACUGUGAAGAUCCCAGUAACCCUGGACACUAUACCAGUGUUUCAACGAGGUGGAAGCGUGGUACCAUUAAAGACAACUAUAGGAAAAUCAACAGGCUGGAUGACCGAUAGCCAUUAUGGACUCCGGGUUGCUCUGAGCACCAAGGGUUCUGCAGUGGGUGAGUUAUAUCUCGAUGAUGGCCAUUCAUUCCAGUACCUCCACCAGAAGCAAUUCUUGCACAGGAAAUUUUCAUUCUGUUCCAGUGUUUUGAUCAACAAUUCUGCAGACCAGAGGGGCCAUUAUCCCAGCAAGUGUGUGGUGGAGCAGAUCUUGGUCUUGGGCCUCAGGAAGGAGCCGUCUUCUGUGACCACCCAUUCAUCUGAUGGUAAAGAUCAACCUGUGACUUUUGCAUAUUGUGCCAAAACCUCCACCCUGCGCCUGGAGAAGCUCUCACUGAACAUUGGCGCUGACUGGGAGGUCCACAUCAAAUGACAAAGAAGUGCUCCUGGUGAUGCAAGCAGGAAGCUGCCUGCACCUUUCAA